CACGUGUAACAUCAGUGGUCAAAAUAGAUGAGCGGUCCUCUGUGGGUCUGCAGUGGCUUCAUGUUCAGUGUGUCUAGUCUGUCCACUGCAACAACAAAGUCUGAAUUUUGAACAGAAACCCAGCUCGCUUCCCUCUUUUAAAUACCAGAUUUUUAGAAAUUAAUGAAGUUGAAAUCACAGAGGCCGAUAAAUCCGGGGACAGACAAUUCAGUAGGUACGAGAGAGAAUCUUUAGUGUGCAAAGAGAAGGAGAAUAGGGAGGCACAGCCAUUCAAGCCUCCACACAGAGCAGGCAACCCAAUAAUUGAUUCCCACGCUGCCCGACAUCAAUGAUGUUGUCGGUCCUCUUCGAUCGACACUUCAUUUCUUAGCAUAAACAUGGACUCGGAGAAGGAGAAUAGGGAGAAACAGAACAAGCCCUUAUUUGACCAAUAACAUCUAGCUCCGCAAGCCAAGCCGAGGCAAUUUAAAACGUCGUGCAAUAAAUAAGCCCACCAGCCACCACCGCUGCUUAGGCUCAGAACCAACUCAACUUUAACCUUUUACAUAUUUAUAUAGUCGGUGAUUGUCUUUCACUCUUAUUACAUCGCUCUCUUUUUCUCUCAACUCUUUUGCAUCUUCUCUUGUUUCCUCUCACAAGUUUCUAUCACCAUAGCCACGAAAUGCGUUCAGAUGUUAGUGAGCAGAAACUGGGACGAACGCAGAACGCCAUGAGCACACACCCACCGCCUAAGAUGGCUGAAUCGCUGCCCUGCCCAAGAUGCGACUCAACAAGCACCAAGUUUUGCUACUACAACAACUAUAAUCUGUCUCAGCCACGUCACUUCUGCAAGGCCUGCCGUCGCUUCUGGACUCAUGGCGGGACCCUCCGUAACGUUCCCGUUGGUGGUGGAACCCGCAAGAACUCUAAGCGCACACGCUCUUGUUCAUCUUCUGCACACAACUCGUCUUCAUCCACCGUGACCCAUGAACCCAUGUCCAUUUCCACUAACCAUGUUUCUGCUUUGCCUUCUGUUAACUCCGAAACUGUUUCAGUUUCGACAACUGACGUUAGUCUGAACCUCAAUGAGAAUGUGCCUGCGAGUGCAAACUUUACUGCGAUGUUGAGCAACAUGCAAGGCCAGAAUUUUAUGAACCUGGAAGGUUUUAAUGGGUAUAAUAUGGGUAUGGGGUCAUGUUUCGAAGAAUUGGAGCUUGGCUUUUGUGGUACUCGUGCUUGGGAAAUUCCUGGAGCUGCUUCUUCUUAUCCCGGUGUUAAUGGAACUAGUUCUAGCGUUGCUGGUGCUGCAAUGGGUGGCGCUGCUUCUUCUGGGUGCAACCCAUGGCAGAUGAUGAGUAAUGAAGAAAAUGGUAACUGUAUGGUGCUUGGUGAAGAUUACUUUGCUUGGUCUGGUCUUGCCAUAUCCACUCCAGGACAGGGCUUGAAAUAAAGCUCCAUAUUACUUCAUCAUUUCAAUCAAAAAAGGGUUUUUCUUUUAAUGUCCUCUGCGUUUGGGUGGCUUUUGAAUUUAGUUAUAGUUUUAGGAUCGAGUUCUUACCAUGGUUGUGGUAUAAUCGACCACAGGUAGGCUAUAUUACAUAUAUAAAAAAUCGAAUGUGACUCUGAAACUCAGUUCAGCUGAAUUGGGGCUUCCUUUUGACGGGACAGUGGUGUCCUUGUUGCUUUAUCAAGGUUUCGUUUUUCAUGCAUGGCUCUGUAAAUCUUCCCAUCUAAUCAAUGGAAGAAAACUAGCAGUUACUUUCUUAAAUAUUAUAAUCAGUUUCUUUCU